AUGACAGAAGCAUCGACAGAGAUGGCUGCUAAUAGUGGGCCGACAAUGGCAGAUGGACCUGCACAUAUUCCGUUGCAAUCGAGAUCAUUGUCCGCCACCAAAACAGAUUUUCCUGCUGCGAAUAUUACACACAACGUCCAACAAGAAGAGGAAAAACGACCUAACCUUGCACCUGCGAAAGUAUGGCAAACCGAAAGACCGCGAGCAACCACGAAAUCAUCUCUGCUGGCACCAGCUUACAAAAGAGGAGAAACAAACACGUCAUUGUUGAAUGAAGCAAUUUGGAGUAGAGGUCCCGAUUACAAAGAUGAUGGAUCUACAAGUAGCAGCAGCAGCAGUAGCAGUGAGGACGAGGAAGAUGUUCCAGCGGAGAAGAAGAAAAAGAACUACAUACCAGGAAAGAAAAAUGCUGCCGAUACGGGUGGCAGGAAACAAUAUAACAAAUUCCAGGUUGGAAAUGAUGAUUACAGUACUAGGGGAAAGGUAUCAAAGAGAGAUGGACGAUUAAACAUCAGUUUUAAUGAGACAAGCAAUCGAGGAUAUCUCGCAAAGGCAUUGGGCGCCACUUUCUUCGAUAAAGUAGGGCAUGAUGACACCACGGACGAAACACCAGAAGCCAACCUUGCCCGACGCCAACGUGGAAAACUCUCAAAAUCUUCAGCGGAAGAAACAGUCACUUCAAAUAUACCCAGACCAAGGUUGAAUAUUGUUGUAAUGGUUAUUGGUAGUCGUGGCGAUAUUCAACCAUUUUUAAAGCUGGGAAAGAAUCUGAAGGAGUAUGGACAUAGAGUACGAAUAGCAACACAUCCCGCCUUCAGAGAUUUCGUGCAGAACGAUUCUGGGCUGGAAUUUUUUUCGGUUGGAGGAGACCCUGCAGAACUUAUGGCAUUUAUGGUCAAAAAUCCAGGAAUGAUACCGACAAUGGAUACUCUCAAGAAAGGAGAAGUAGGAAGACGAAGAGAGCAAAUGGCUGAAAUGUUUGAAGGUUUCUGGCGAGCUUGCAUUAAUGCAACGGACGAGGAAAGGGAUGUUACAAAUCUCAAAAUGAUGGGAAAUAAGGCGCCAUUCGUCGCAGAUGCUAUUAUUGCAAACCCUCCAUGUUUUGCACAUAUUCAUUGCGCAGAACGACUCGGCGUUCCUCUUCAUCUCAUGUUCACAUUUCCAUAUACUCCAACGCAAGCAUUUCCACAUCCUUUGGCUAAUAUCAAGAAAACAAAUGUUGAUCCAGGUUAUACGAACUUUAUGUCAUAUCCGUUGGUGGAAAUGAUGACUUGGCAAGGACUGGGUGAUCUCGUCAAUAACUUCAGAGUAAAGACUUUAGGUCUAGAACCGGUAUCCACAUUAUGGGCUCCAGGUCAACUUUACCGCCUCAAAGUUCCGUAUACGUACCUGUGGUCACCGGGCCUCGUGCCCAAACCCAAAGAUUGGGGACCAGAAAUUGAUAUCGCUGGUUUCGUUUUCCUGGACCUUGCGAAUACAUUCACACCACCGGACGAUCUCGUCAAGUUUCUCGAUGAUGGAGAGCCACCAAUUUACAUUGGGUUUGGUUCUAUUGUUGUUGAUGAUCCUGACAGAUUUACUGAGAUGAUCUUUGAAGCUGUGAAGAAAGCUGGAGUAAGAGCAUUGGUUUCAAAAGGAUGGGGUGGCCUCGGUGGUGAAAAUACGCCAGAGAAUGUGUUCAUGCUCGAAAACACACCGCAUGAUUGGCUUUUCCCCAAAGUCAAGGCGGUAGUGCAUCAUGGCGGUGCUGGAACGACUGCGAUAGGCCUUAAAUGUGGAAAGCCGACUAUGAUUGUUCCAUUUUUCGGCGAUCAACAGUUCUGGGGAUCUAUGAUUGGUACUGCAGGGGCUGGAGCAGAUCCCGUUCCCUACAAGGAAUUGACAGCUGAUAAAUUAGCAGAAGGUAUCAAGCAGUGUUUGACGGACGAAGCUAGAGAAGCGGUAGAGAAGAUCGCGAAGGAUAUUGAAGCUGAAGGCGAUGGUGCACAAAAUGCAGUAAAGUCAUUUCAUCGAAGUCUUACGCUCCGAGGCGAACAUUCUAUGCGCUGUUCAAUUCUGGAAGAUCGAGUGGCGGUUUGGACCAUGAAAGGGACGAAUUUGAGGUUGAGCGCAUUGGCUGCUGAGUUGUUAGUGGAGAGGAAGAAAAUCACAUGGAAGCAGUUGAGACUCAUUAGACAUCAUGAAUGGAAUGAUUUCGAAGGACCAGGUGAACCUAUUAGCGGUGUUACAACAGCUGUUACAGGAACUGUUACGGGGAUUGCUGCUGGUGUAGGCAGUAUACCCUUCAAGGUCAGAAAGACUAUCAAGAGAAGAAGUAUGCAUGAAGAGAGAAAGAAGAGGAAAUCGGAAGAUACACGGAAAAGUGGAAGUGGAACCACUCUUGUUGAAAAGAAACCUGAUUCUCAAGAGAAUGUCGAUACCUCGAAUACUUCUACACUCAACAAUCAAACGAUACAAGAAGAGAGUCAUCAAGAUGAAAACGCUAACCCAUCCAAAGAGACCGAAAAUACCAAUUCAGCAACAGAAACACACGAUACCAGCCCUGAGGCUGCCGUAAAUUCUCCAUGUGAUGCUGGUAUGGCAAAUCAUACUACAAGCGGUGAACCGACUCGCCAAUACAGUCAAGCUAAUCGAGAAGAACAACAACAACAAAAUUCACAGCCUAAAAAUAACACCGAUAAUCAAUCCAUGCUCUCCUCCGACCCCACACAUAACGAAGCCGAAGAAGUAGUUAAAGAUAUUGGCCAUGGUUUUGGUGAAACGGCGGAAGCAGUAGCUCGUGCACCCAUGGAUCUAGCACUUGCUCUCGCUCAAGGUUUCCAUAAUGCUCCUCGUUUAUAUGGAGACACUACCGUAAGAAGACCAACAAGAAUCACGGGUAUGAAGAGCGGAUUAAAGGCUGCCGGUGAAGAAUUCAUCUUUGGCAUUUAUGAUGGAGUUACUGGAUUAGUAGUACAACCAUACACCGGAGCUCGAGAUCACGGCGCAUUGGGUUUUGUAAAGGGUGUAGGAAUGGGUCUAACGGGUUUCGUCUUGAAGGAUAUUAGCGCCAUCGUUGGACCCUUUGGAUACACAUUAAAAGGUGUCCAUAAAGAAAUGGUGAAGAACAAACAACCUACUGCGUUUAUCCGAAGAGCGAGAAUUCUCCAGGGGCAACGAGAUAUAAACAUUCUCGAUGAGGAUUCAAAAGGGAGAAAGGGGGUUGAAGAGAGAGUUACGCAUGGAUGGAAUGUCAUACAAGAAGUAUGGAAAUUGAUGGAUGAGAAAAAACGCGACGGAGGAUUGGGAUUGAAAGGGAAAUUGAAGGUUAUGCGAGAACGUAGGACGUGGCGUUCAAAUGGAGCGUUUGAGGGGGUCGGAGCUGCGGAGAGAGCGGUACAAGCGAAGAAGAAAGGGGAUAGAGGGGGCAUUAAAGCGGUUUUCAAAAGACAAAGGAAGGAAUUGGAGAAGGCGGAAAGACCUAGGAAAGGAGUCGCGGCAGAAUUGGAGGAAGAUAAAAUUAGGAGACAACAGGGGAUUGAGAGAGGCAAUGAGGGAGAGGGAGAGGUUCAUCCGGAAACAGGACACGAUGAAAGACAGGUUGUGGUUGAAGAGGGAAGUUCGAAGCCAGAGGGAAAGGACACGCCACAAUUGAUUGCUUGA